UCAGAUUAGAUAACGAGGGCUUGGUACUGGUUCGUAGGCAUCCUCCACGUUACGAGCUUCAUUCUAUCGUACACGUUUUCACCGUGAAAAAGUCCGAUUUCCGGCGUCCGAACAUGGUGUCCCUAGAGACUGUCGCGGGUAUAGUGAUAAAAGUUCUCAAGUUGGUUAUAAACCUUAUAAUCCUGAUACUCUACCGAACAGGAUACCAAGGAGAGUUCCUCGGUGUUGGCGGAACAUGGAACUUGAACGAGGAUAAAAAUCCGGACGCGGAAAUCGUCGCGUCCGGAGUGCUGGUCGGAUUUUUCAUUUACACCAGCGUCGUUUUAAUUACCUACUGCUUUGGGAGCUCGUACCAUAAGAGAACGCUUGUCGAAAUCAUAAUGAACUUCGUUGGAACUUUUAUGUUCAUCGCUGUUGGCGGAACUGCGCUUCAUUAUUGGCACGGUUACCUUCCGGAACACAAAUUCGACACGAUCGUUCAGCAGAAACAGGUUGGAUUAGCUGUUGGAUCCUUGUGCGUGAUCGAGGGCGCAGCGUACCUCGUCGACUUGAUACUGAGCUUCCUGCACUUCGUAAAACAUCGUGACGACAUACUAGAAUAGAUUUCUAUUAUUCCUAACACUUAAUUAGAUGAUCUAAUCAAUCGAUUUUAAUUGAUCACCUGUAUCAUUCGCAGGAGUAACAGUUUCGAAGCUCUCGUUCUAUCUUCCCAAGAGAGGCGAUUCAAAUAUAAAAUGAAUCAGAAGGAA